UAUAAAACAAGGUAGCUCUGUCCACUUAAAACCAGGUAUGGCAAGUGGUUGUAGUUACAAGGAAUGCCAAAUAUUGCGUGUCCCCUAAGAUAAUAAUAAUAUUAGGGUUAGGGUUGACUGAAGUACAAAAUUACUGAAAAAAAAAUAUUAGAGGAAAGUUGUCCUUUUGUGCCGAGAGCAACUUAAGAGGUAUAUUUGUCGAGCAAUAGGGUUAAGAAGGGGGGUUUAAAGAGGGCUUUAGGAGAUUGUACUGAAAUGUUUUUUUCAUUACAGGAAGAAAGUGCACCGUUUAAUUUACAGUUAUUAUUGUAGUCAGAUUACCAAAAGAAAAUUGCCAAGACCUGUAUUACUCUGUUGUGGGUGAGAAGGGUUUUGGGCGGAAUGGACAAGUCCAAGAGGGGGAAGAAAGAGGAGGAAGAGCACAUUGACCGAGAACUGGUUCUCUCUAUCGAGAAGUUGCAGGAAAUCCAGGAUGAGCUCGAGAAAGUUAAUGAGGAGGCAAGUGAUAAAGUGCUAGAGGUGGAACAGAAAUAUAAUGAGAUACGGCGGCCUUAUUAUGCCAAACGCAAUGAAGUCAUUCAGACAAUUCCUGAUUUUUGGCUCACUGCAUUUCUGAGCCACCCUGCUUUAGGUGACCUACUAACUGAAGAAGAUCAAAAGGUUUUCAAAUAUUUGCAAUCUCUUGAUGUUGAAGACUUUAAAGAUGUUAAAUCUGGGUACUCCAUCUCAUUCACAUUCCGCCCUAAUCCUUAUUUUGAAGAUACAAAGCUGGUUAAGGUGUUUUCUUUCUCUGAUGAAGGAACAACAAAAAUAUCCGGCACCACUGUAAAGUGGAAAGAUGGAAUGGAUGUGACAAAUGGGAUUAGUCCAGAAAAGGAAGGGAAUAAGAGAUCUUUUCAAGAAGAAAGCUUCUUUACAUGGUUUAGCGAAACAGAGCAAAAGGACCCUUCAGAUGGUAUACAUGACGAGGUGGCUGAAAUAAUUAAGGAAGAUUUGUGGCCAAAUCCCUUAAAGUAUUUCAACAAUGAAGCUGAUGAAGAGUAUGAUGAUGGUGAAGAUGAAGAUGAUGACGGUGAAGACGAGGAUCCUGGAAAAAGCACUGAUGGUCUUGAUGAAGAUGAGGAAGAUCAAGAGGAUGAUGAAGAUGAAGAGUGACAGCUUAGGGAGCAGUAUGUCUGUCUGCAUCUUUUUUUCGAGCCAAGUAUUUUUUUCCUUGUGAAGGUUGAGUGGUUGGAGAAAAACCUCACACCAUACAAGUUGGUAUAGCUACAGUUGUAAAUUUUUCUGUUUUUAUACAGAUGGUAUUGGUAUUGGGUUCAGGGUGAGAGUACACAUUUGUUUUCUCUAUUGUUUUGGUGGACUGUACAAUUUAAGAAGGGCUGGCAAUACCCUGAAAGUUGUCGUGCUACCUAUGAUGUGUAUUCUCGAAAAGAAUACAAGUAAAUUAUGUAGGGUACCGUAGCUGCAUUUUUAGAAGUGCUGAAACUCUUCUUUCUCUGUUACAUACACUGCUCUUUCUGCACUGAUAAUUUUUAUCAUCAGUUUAGUUUAUGCUGUGUAGGAUACUAGGAUACAUUCAUGUAUGAGGUUUUAUAUCACCAAAAAAUUGUUGUCUUUGUUUUUGCUGGGAUCUUGAAAGUAGAUCCCUUUUAGAAUUGGAGUUUGCAUUGGUGCAAUGGAAAACCUCAGUAACUUGAAUGGCAAGAACACGAGAAAUUACUUCAUGGAUUUCGAACUAUGGAGAAUAUGAUAUUAGGUGAAUACUCACAAGCAUUAAAUGGUGGAAUUUCUCAUUAGAUUU